GCUGCCUUGGUGGUGAUGGCAGCAGCCUCUGCCCCUUCCCCCUUCGCUGGCGAGAUGUGGCCCCUGUUGGUGCUGCUGCUGCUGGGCUUGGCGAGCUGCGGUUCAGCUCAGCUAUUAUUUACUACAAUCAAAUCUGUAGAAUACACCAAUGACAAUAAAACUAUUCUCAUCCCAUGCUUAGUCACUAAUGGGGGGGCACAGAGCCUUAGAGAAUUGUUUGUAAAGUGGAAAUUCGGAAACAAAUACAUUUUCUUCUAUGAUGGAGAUAAAAAUGAAUCCAGCCCCAACAGUAACUUUCCGAGUGCAUACAUCGUACCAGAUGCACUACUAAUAGGCAAUGCCUCUUUGAUGAUGGACAAGAGGGAUGCUGUCCCAGGAAACUACACUUGCGAAGUAACAGAAUUAACUAGAGAAGGCGAAACCAUCGUAGAACUAAAAUAUGUUGUUAAAACACAGCUACUAUUUACUACAAUUGAAUCUGUAGAAUACACCAUUUGCAAUGAAACUCUUCUCACCAUCCCAUGCUUAGUCACCAAUGUGGGGGCAAAGAGCCUUAAAGAAAUGUUUGUAGAGUGGAAAUUCAGAAAUAAACACAUUUACUUCUAUGAUGGAGAUAAAAAUAAAUCCAGACCGGAGAAGGAAUUUUCGAGUGCAUACAUCGUACCAGAUGCACUGCUAACAGGCAAUGCCUCUUUGAUGAUGGACAAGAGCGAUGCUGUCCCAGGAAACUACACUUGUGAAGUAACAGAAUUAACUGGAGAAGGCAAAACCACUGUAGAACUAAGAUAUAUUGCUGCUUUAUGGUUUUCUGCAAAUGACCAUACCCUUAUUAUUAUUUUCUCAAUGUUGGCUGUGCUUCUGUUCUGGGGAAGUGAUAUUACUGUGAUACUUAAAUAUAAUUCCAAUAUUAUGAAGGAGAAAAUCAUCAUUUUAUCUGUGGCUGGACUAGUUCUCAGUAUAUUAGUUAUUGUUGGAGCCGUUUUCUUCAUCCCAGGUGAAUAUUCAACAAAGAGGACCAGUGGACUUGGUUUAAUUGUAGUUUCUACAGUAAUAUUAAUAUUACUUCAGAUCUCUAUGUUUAUGAUAGCUCCAGCUAUUGGGAUGUCCUCCUUCAGUAUCACCAUAUUGAUCCUUCAGGUGCUGGGCUUUGUUCUCUCUGUGGUCGGACUAAGCCUCUGUGUCUCAGGUGAGGGUCACAAUCUUCUCUAA